GACUUCCAAGACCCGCCCACACGUGUCCAACCUUUGCGUUUUAAUGUCUCCCCCCUUUUUUCCACCCUUCUCUCGCUCCCGUUCCCCUCCCUCCCUCUCUUUCCCUCCCUUCCCCCUCCCCCCUCUCCCCAGGUUCGUGAGUGGAGCCCAGCCUUAUAUGGACUGAUCGCUCGGGCAAUGGCCCAUUUUUUCCUCGCCACCAGCCGCCACCGCGCUCCGAGCGGCCGCCGGCCGAGCUGACGCCGCCUUGGCACCCCUCCUGGAGUUACAAACUCCGGCCCGGCCGCAGCGCUCAGCUCAGGCCGCCUGGCUCCCCGCAUCCCCUGGUCCCCGCCCGCGCGCUCUUGCAAAGGAGAAUCAGGAGCUGCCUACGGGCUUUUUCCCCCCACCCCUCAUAAUUUCUUUCCCUCUCUUUAAAAACAAUUAUCUCAAUAAUUAAAGCCCUCCCCCUCCCCCCCAACCUUCCCCCACCCCCCACCCAACUGGGAAUUGCCACGAAUUGGCUGCGUGAAGCUACAACUUUGAGGCAUAAAUUGCGGGCUCCCGAGCCAUGUCGCUGACCAACACAAAGACGGGCUUUUCGGUCAAGGACAUCUUGGACCUGCCGGACACCAACGAUGAGGAAGGCUCAGUGGCUGAAGGGCCGGAGGAAGAGAGCGACGGGCCAGAGCCUGCCAAGAGGGCCGGGCAGCUGAGCCAGGGAGCCCUGGACGCGGUGCAGAGCCUGCCCCUGAAGAACCCCUUCUACGACAGCAGCGACAACCCCUACACGCGCUGGCUGGCCAGCACCGAGGGCCUCCAGUACUCCCUGCAUGGGCUGGCGGCCAGCGCGGCGCCCCAGGACGCGAACUCCAAGUCCCCGGAGCCCUCGGCCGACGAGUCACCGGACAAUGACAAGGAGACCUCGGGCGGCGGGGGCGACGCGGGCAAGAAGCGGAAGCGGCGAGUGCUCUUCUCCAAGGCGCAGACCUACGAGCUGGAGCGGCGGUUCCGUCAGCAGAGGUACCUGUCGGCUCCAGAGCGCGAGCACCUGGCCAGCCUCAUCCGCCUGACCCCCACGCAGGUCAAGAUCUGGUUCCAGAACCACCGCUACAAGAUGAAGCGCGCCAGGGCCGAGAAAGGCGAGCCUCCCCUUUUCGGCCUACAGCGCACAGUCCCUGCAGCACAUGCAGUACAACGCCCAGUACAGCUCGGCCGGCACCCCCCAGUACCCGACAGCGCACCCCCUGGUCCAGGCCCAGCAGUGGACUUGGUGAGAGCCGCCCCUCCUCCGAGACUCGCGGCCUCAGGCCCAGACCCCACCCCGGCGGCGGCGGCGGCGACGAGUAAGAGGACUCAGUCCUGGCCGCUAGCUAUUAUUAUUAUUAUUGUUGUUAUUAUUGUUGUUAUUACUAUUAUUAUUGUGGAGUCAAGGUGACUCUGGGCUCCACUGGGGAAGGGUGCCCGCAGGUCCCAGGAACCGCAGCGGCCUUCCCCCCCUACCAACCUCCCCCCUCUCCUCGCUAUUGGAACCUAUGGAGGUUGGACUCUAAGCGGUGUUUACGGAAUGUUUGCGCAGCUUUGCUUCUCUGCCUCUCCCCAGGGGGUGGGGCCCUGGGGAAGGGGGUGGACCACCUCAUCCUGGAGUCCACAGCCUCCUUAGGGAAAAAAAAAGGAGAAAAACCGCCCCCCCACCUCCCGCUUUUGUGAAUUUUGUAAAAUAUGUUUGUGUGAGUAGCGAUAUUGUCAGCUGUCUUCUGAAGCAGUGGAGAACACUUUAAAACACAUUGAGGCUUUUUUUCCUCAUUUUUCUAAGAAAACAGAAUAUUUAUGGUCAUGUAAACGUUAUGACAACUGGUGGCAGAUUUCGCUUUUCGUUGUAAAUAUCGAUGGUGAUUGUUGCCAAAUGACCUUGAGGGCCGGCCUGCCCCCUCCUUAAGCCCACUCCUUUCUUUGUGGUUUAUUUGGGUUUGUUUAUAUUUGGUUGCCCUUGCUUUUGUCUUUUUCUUUUGAAAUUUGUUCAAUGCAAACAUUUCUCCAGUAUGAAAAAGGAAACGUGUAGGCGAAAAGCCCUCCGCCGGGUCCUCCGCUCCUGAGCCCGGCAACUCCGAGCUUAGCGGCUCGGUGCGGUCCCCCUAAGAGCGCCGGGUGCUGAAAGGUUUCAAUUUUUAAAAACAAGAAUUUUAAUAAAAAUCCUGUGUUU